UAAUCUUCACAUGGCGCAUGUAAUUUGAGUGCCGCUUCAGUCCGUGGUGUGAUAAAAACAAAUUGAUAAACGCACAAUCGCCCCAAUGCCAUUAUUGUUAUGUGUCGCAUGAUGUCUUUACGGGAUUCCCACGCCUGAAAUGACAUGAAUCCUCGUCAUUAAACCCAACAAUCGUCCAUCCGAAAUUAGCAUGGCGGACGAACACAGCAGCGAAGAAUCCGACAACGACAACCAAGAGGAAUUGGCAGGUGUGUUGAGUAAAUGGACUAAUUAUAUACACGGAUGGCAGGACCGUUAUAUCGUUUUGAAAAAUGGAACUUUGUCGUAUUAUAAAAGCGAACAGGAAAGCGGGUACGGAUGUAGAGGAGCUUUAUCCCUUGCCAAAGCAGUUAUCAAACCCCAUGAAUUUGAUGAGUGCAGGUUCGAUGUCUCCGUCAAUGAUUGUGUCUGGUAUCUUCGAGCCGAUUCUGUUGAAACCAAACAAAUCUGGGUUGAUGCGCUAGAGUCUUACAAGUUGGAGUCCGGCUAUGGUACUGGCUCUGAGAACAGCUUGAAACGGCAUGGCUCCACCGUCAGCCUCCAGUCCAACACCUACAGCACCGCUUCCGGAAACAGCUUCAAACGUUCAUCUCGCAAUUUGCGCGAAAAGCUUGCCGAAUUGGAUACUUUUAAAGAUAUUUUAUGCCGACAAAUUGAAACUCUCCAAGAAUAUUUCGAUUAUUGUGUGGAUAAUGAAGCACAAAAUGUAUCAAAUAAAGAAAAAUUGCCUGCCAUUGAUUUUAAAGGUGAAGCGAUAACGUUCAAGACUACCACGAAAGCAGUUUUGGACACUUUGGAGCACUGUGCCGAUUUGGUGGCACAAAGAGAAGAAUCAUGGCGUAGCAGACUUGAGAAGGAAAUCGAACGAAGAAAAAGGAGUGAAAAUCUGGCGAAAAGCUACUUUGCACAACUCCAGAAGUCGAGGGUUGUGCAUCCAGGCCCGGAUUUGGAGGAAGGCCCCCAUAGCGUGUUGGCCGACGACGAAUUCUACGAUGCCGUCGAAUCCGGUUUAGAUAAGAUGGAAGAGGAGCAAGAGUUGAGGGAAAGACUGAAAAGCGGCCAAGUAAUUCCCGUCACUCCACCUCCGACGUCGCCAGCGGCCUUGCAUCGUUUAUGGCCAGAAAUCGAAAAAGUUGUGAAACAAGAAGUUGCGAUGGCGAAGUUAGGUGUAGGUGAAUCCGGUAGUGGAUGGCAAUUGUUUGCCGAAGAUGGAGAAAUGAGGAUGUAUAGGAGAGAAGAAGAGGUCGAUGGAAUGGUCGUCGACCCCCUCAAGGCUGUGCAUGUGGUUAAGGGGAUCACGGGACACGAGUUAUGUCACUACUUUUUCAACCCGCAGUACAGAUACGACUGGGAAACCACAUUGGAACACAUGAACGUGCUCGAGACCAUAUCUGAGGAUACUUUGGUAUUUCACCAAACACACAAAAGAAUAUGGCCGGCGAGUCAGAGAGACGUCGUUUUUUGGUCGCAUUUGCGUCGAUUUCCCAACGAUCAAGACCGAGACGGCCCUGAUAUUUGGACUGUGGUUAAUAACUCCACUGAGCAUCCUGAUCAUCCUGCGAAUGCGGGUAAAUGUGUAAGGAUUUUUUUGACAGUAUGUCUUUUAUGUCAAACGCGAGUUGAUCCACCGAAAGCCGGAGCACCAGUAACUAGAGAUGACAUUACCUGUAAAAUAAGUUAUUGUUCUGUCGUGAAUCCUGGGGGAUGGGCCCCGGCGUCGGUACUCCGGGCUGUUUAUAAACGAGAAUAUCCGAAAUUUUUGAAGAGGUUUACUGCUUAUGUUAAAAACCAAACGAAAGAUAAGCCUAUUAUGUACUAAAACAUAAGAAUCUUUUUUAUGGUUUACAUUGUUAAUUUUAUUUAUAUUUCGUAUAUUAUUAAAUGUUAUAUUCUGUU